AUGUCUCUAGUUGUUCAAGAACAAGGUUCCUUCCAACAUAUUUUGCGUUUGUUGAACACCAACGUUGAUGGUAACAUCAAGGUUGUCUACGCUUUGACCACCAUCAGAGGUGUCGGUCGUAGAUACGCCAACUUGGUUUGUAAGAAGGCUGAUGUUGAUUUGCACAAGAGAGCUGGUGAAUUGACCCAAGAAGAAUUGGAAAGAAUUGUCCAAAUCAUGCAAAACCCAACUCACUACAAGAUCCCAACCUGGUUCUUGAACAGACAAAAGGAUGUCAACGAUGGUAAGGACUACCACUCCUUGGCUAACAACUUGGAAUCCAAGUUGAGAGAUGACUUGGAAAGAUUAAAGAAGAUCAGAUCUCACCGUGGUAUUAGACACUUCUGGGGUUUGAGAGUCAGAGGUCAACACACCAAGACCACUGGUAGAAGAAGAGCUUAA